AUGACGUCAGAACUCAGGCAUUAUGUAGUAGCUUUCCAUAAAGCGUACUCUCUACUGAUUCGAGUAUAUUUGUAUUUGCUAUACUUUAUGUAUAUAGUUUCGUGAAUGAACAUUGUAUAUAAGUGACACAAUCUACUGCCUAAGUAUUUUUUUUUACUAUUUUCUAUUUUACAAUAAAUAAACAUAGUACAAUAUCGUCAUAGAAAUUCUAAUAUAUCUAUUAGAAGAUGAAAGUCAUUGAUUCGAAAAUAUAUACGAUAGUGAUCGUAAACAUUUAUUGUUUGGGCGUUGUCGGGCAAUAUGAAUGGCAAGCCAGGGAUGCUUUUGACGAAAUUCGUUUAAAAAUGGACAAGAUCAACGAAGAAAAUUGUCCUAUACAACAUCUCGGAGAUCUUUAUUUACCGGAAGACGCAGUCUCUCAUUUACCUGAUAUUAAAGACAUUAAUAUAAAUCCUGUGUUUCCAAACAGGACUGCUUUAUUACAUCUUCAUAACAUGGCACUUAGUAGAUCUUUUUUUUGGAGUUACAUUUUACAAUCCAGAUUCAUACGACCUGCUAUCAAUGACACAUAUGAUCCUGGCAUGAUGUAUUACUUUUUAUCAACAGUUGCUGAUGUUUCUGCAAAUCCUCACAUAAAUGCUUCUGCUAUAUAUUUUUCACCAAAUAUGUCUUAUUCAUCAUCAUAUCGAGGCUUUUUUAACAAAACUAUGCCCAGAUUUGCUCCACGAACUUUCAGAGCUGAUGAUUUCAAUGAUCCAAUACAUUUAGAAAGAAUAUCUACGAGAAAUACAUUUACUGUACGAGAUCUUGGUGCAUUUGCCAGUAGUAGUCUUAGUGAAGAUUAUACAACAGAUUAUUAUCGUAUAAAUGAAUGGUAUAAGAAAUGGUUACCGGAUAAUGUUGAUAAAAGACAUGAUACUAAAACUACUUAUCAGGUUGAAAUUAGAUAUGCUAACAACACUAAUGAAACAUUUACAUUUCAUGGACCACCUGGUGCAGAUGAAUAUCCUGGACCAGUAAAAUGGACUAGACCAUAUUAUGAUUGUGGAAGAUCAAAUCGAUGGCUUGUAGCAGCAGUUGUACCUAUUGCAGAUAUUUAUCCAAGACAUACAGGAUUCAGGCACAUAGAAUAUCCAACUUAUACAGCCAUCUCAGUAAUUGAAAUGGAUUUUGAACGAAUAGACAUAAAUCAAUGCCCAAAAGGAAAAGGAAAUAGUGGUCCAAAUAAAUUUGCAAAUACUGCUAGAUGUAAAACAGAAACUACUGAGGUAUGUGAACCAUUACACGGUUGGGGUUUUCGAAGAGGAGGAUAUCAGUGUAGAUGUAAACCAGGCUUCAGGUUACCAAAUGUAGUACGACGACCAUAUUUAGGUGAAAUUAUAGAAAGAGCAACUCAAGAACAAUAUUAUAAUGGAUUUGACUGUUCCCGGAUAGGAUAAAUUAUUCUAUUGGGCCUAAAGCACUAAGAUCUGAACAAAUUAAUAUAGAUCAAACUCUUAAAUUUAUUUUGAGUAUCAAUUCAAAAAAUUGCAAAAGUUAUACAGAAGAAGAUUUAACAUUACUUGGAGAUGUAGCCUUUGGCGCCAAAGAAUUUUUUGAAAAUGAAGCAAAAAUGGCAACUAGAUUAUCAAAUUUUAUUAGUGCAUUUCUACAGAUUUCUGAUUCUCAUGAAGUUUAUUCGGGUAAAAGAGUAGCUGAUAGGCCACUUACUGAAGAUCAAAUGAUUGGAGAAACAUUAGCUUUAGUUCUUGGAGAUACUAAAAUAUAUUCUGCUGAAAUGCUAUGGGAUCGUAACAAAUUUACAAAUAGAACAUUUUUUGCUCCUUAUGCUUAUAAAACUGAAUUAAAUACAUUUAAAUUUAAAGUUGAAGAUUUAGCUAGACUCAAUGAUUCAGAUAGUGUUUAUACAAAAAAGAAUUAUUUUAAAUUGUUGAAACAAAGAUGGGCGACAAAUUUUGAUGAAUUAGAAAAAUUUUAUAUGAAAAUAAAGAUUAGAUACAAUGAAACUGGCGAAUAUCUUAAAAAAUACGAGCAUUAUCCGAAUUCUUAUAGGGCGGCAAACCUGAAUCAUGGACAUUGGACAACUCCAUACUUUGAUUGCAACGGCAAAGUGAAGAAAUGGGUAAUUACCUAUGCAUCCCCAUUUUUUGGCUGGGACAGUUUGAAAGAGAAACUGGAAUUCAAAGGUAUUGUGGCUGUUACCAUGGAUCUACUUCAACUUGAUAUCAACCAAUGCGACGAUAAUUUUCACACUCCAAAUGCAUUUAAGGGUACUCACAAAUGUGAUAAGAGAACUUCAUAUUGCGUGCCAAUUCUUGGAAGAGGUUUUGAAACAGGCGGAUACAAGUGCGAAUGUGACCAAGGUUUUGAAUAUCCAUUCGAAGAUUUAAUUACGUAUUAUGAUGGUCAAUUAGUAGAAGCUGAAUUUAAUAAUUUAGUUAAUGAUGAAAAAACUAGAUACGAUAUGUUCAAAUGUCGAUUAGCUGCUGCCACGUCGAUUGAAGUCAAUCGGACAUUAUUAUUGUUGACGUCAAUAAUAUUAUAUUACUUUAUAAGAGUCGUUUCGUAAUGACAUUAUAAUAAUACGAUAUUUGUAUAAUGCAAUAUUUUUAUAUUAAUCACUAAGAUAUUGUUACAAAAUACAAUCCGUCCAUUACUAUAUAUCAAUUAUCAUACUAAAUCUUUUUGAGAGCUUAAUAUUUGCUUGUGUUAUUAUUAUUAAUUCGCAGAAUAUGAUAUUUACAAUGAAUCUCAAAUAAAAUUUUCUAUAAAUGUUUCUAUUAUAUAUUAGGAAAAAACUAAAAAUUUAUUUAAAA